AUGGCGAUCUUCACAACCCUAGCCACCGCCACCUCCGUCGUCCCCCUCCUUCUCCUCAUCUUCAACCUCCUAACACCUCUUGCCUUAUCCCUCUCGUCAGACUCCAUCAUCUCCGAACUCUCCGCCCUCCAAUUCCAAUCUCCCACCGGCGUCAUCCACCUAACCGAUCCUCUCCUUCGCCGCAUCCUCGCCCUCCCCACCCCUCGUCCCUUCCACUUCCUCCUCUUCUUCGACGCCCAAUCGCUUCAUUCCAAGGCUGAACUCUCCCUUCCUACCCUCAAAACCGAAUUCUCCCUCGUCUCUUCCUCUUUCUACACAAACAAUCCAGACCAAAAAGCACUUCUCUUCUUUUUUGACAUCGAAUUUCAAGAAUCCCAAUCGUCUUUCGCCCUUUUCGGGGUCAGCUCCCUCCCCCACAUUCGCCUAAUUCCACCUUCAGCUACUGAUCUGAAGAAAGAUUCAAUCCCAAUGGACGCCUCAGAUUUCUCGAGAUUGGCGGAAUCGAUGGCUGAGUUUAUCGAAUCAAGGAGUAGGCUUUCUAUGGGGCCCGUUCAUCGCCCACCCAUUGUUUCCAAGAAACAGAUCGCAUUUAUAACAGUUGCAAUUUUGAUUUGGACACCAUUUUUCCUGAAGAAAUUGAUCGCUGGGAACACUGUUUUGCAAGAUAAGAACAUUUGGAUGGCUGGGGCGAUUUUUGUGUACUUCUUUAGCGUGUCAGGAGCGAUGUUUAAUAUAAUUAGAAAAAUGCCCAUGUUCUUGCUCGACAGGAAUGAUCCGUCGAAGCUGGUUUUCUUUUACCAGGGAUCUGGGAUGCAGUUAGGAGCUGAAGGUUUUGCAGUCGGGUUCUUAUACACAAUCGUAGGACUUCUGUUGGCUUUUGUUACUCACGUGCUGGUUAGGGUUAAAAACAGGACUGUACAGAGAGUGACUAUGAUUAUUGUGCUGUUGGUAUCGUUCUUGGCAGUCAAGCAGGUAGUUUUCCUGGAUAAUUGGAAGACGGGCUAUGGAAUUCAUGCAUACUGGCCUUCCAGCUGGCAGUAA